CCGUCUGGUGAACACUGGUCUGUUGCAACACUAAGGAACCACUACAAUUUACGUUAUACAUAUUGUGCAUUAUACAUUCUACGCCCCCGAAUUUUUGUGAGUGAACCGGCGAAAUCUUUUCAAAUAAUUUAAAGUGCGAGAAAAAACACCCGCUCCCUCUUCCUUAAAUAUCUGUAUUUGAUUCAGAUAAGAACGAAAAUGACGAACUUAAAGUAUUUGAUGCUGCACUUGGCCGCUGUGAUUGUGUGCAGCCAGGAAGUUAUUAUACGUGACUCGUCGAACAUCUGUUUCCUUCCUCCAGCUAAGGGAAUCUGCCGUGCUAACAUUCCCUCCUUCUUCUACAACCCGGAGACAAAUGCUUGCGACUGCUUCGUGUACGGCGGAUGUUUGGGCAACGAGAACAGAUUCGAGACUCUGGAUGAGUGCAUGAGAACUUGCAACGUCUUACCUAGUCUGCAGGACAAUACUGCCGAGUGUGACAGAGUCUUGGGACGCUUCAACCCACUUGCGAAAAAAGAGGUGUUGGACGCUAUCAAGGACUCUGUAAAGCCGACGCAGAUCCCACAGGAUCCUCCACGUCCUUCAUACCUACAGCCAGCGCAACAAUUCCUUCAACCAGCGCCACAGAUCCUUCAACCAGCGCCACAGAUCCUUCAACCAGCGCCACAGAUCCUCCAACCAGCCCCACAGAUCCUCCAACCAGCACCACAGAUCCUCCAACCAGCCCCACAGAUCCUCCAACCAGCCCCACAGAUCCUUCAACCAGCACCACAGAUCCUUCAACCAGCACCACAGAUCCUUCAACCAGCACCACAGAUCCUUCAACCUGCGCCACAAAUCCUCCAACCUGCACCACAAACCAUCCAACCAGCCCCACAAACCUUACAGUCGCUUCUGCAACUCCUACAGAAAUCGCUACCAACCCAACAUCGUGCGCUACUGACUCAGCAAUCUUUAACGCAAGGCGAGCGGGUUCCAGCGGGCAUGCCAACAGACAGCUGGUUCAGGAGGAUAGAGAGUCUGGUAUUGGAUGACUCAGAUUCCAGUGUUGAGUCUCUCUACGUCGGUCAGCCGGCCUUCUUCACCCUGGAUCAUGACGAUGAUGACUAGAAAUCAUACCGAUGCUUUUCUCGUUCUAGGAGAAACAUUUAAUAUAUGAUCUAUGAUACAGUAUUAUCAGAUCGAGUGGGGAAUUUUUAUAUUAUAUAUGUAUAUAUAUAUUUUAAGUUUUGUAUUAUUUCAUUUCAGAAUGUAUAUUUUACGUUUUAGAAUGUAUAUUUUAGAUUUUCAUAUAAAUUAUAUCUGUUGUUAAUUUCUCUUAACAGCAUUGAUGUAUAUAAUAUUACUGUGUAGCCUAUCCCGUAAACACUGCCCGAAUUGUUGUAAUUAAACACAUUGUUGUAAUUAAUUCCACCCUUUUCUUGGGGUUGGAACUGUACAUGUACUAUGUAUAUAAUUCUAUGUACUGUCCUUAAAAUAAUUUUUUAAUGUACAUGAACACCUGUAAAAUAAAAUUAAUUUAUAAUUUAGAAAAA